AUGCUGGAGGAGUCGCCGCCAGUACCCAUUGGCUACUUUUACUGGGGGUUAUAUGCACUACUCAUUUCUUUACGACUUUCCUUCGUUAUCCUCCAAAGUCCUGGCUACCUGCAUCCUGAUGAAUUCUUUCAAUCCAUCGAAAUAGCCACGUAUGACAUUUACCCAAACGCCUGCAGCCUUCGCACAUGGGAAUUUGAACCCGUGGGACAUGGGCCGGUGCGAUCGCGUUCUAGUAUCUACCCUUUCGUUCAUCUCCCCAUCAAAGCAGUCGAUUAUUUGCUUCCAUCUAAGGAAGUUUCUCAACUCUCCGGCGACGAUAUGGUCAAACGACUCCUUCUCCCACCACGCCUCAUUACCACACUUUUUUCUUUCAUUCCCGAUGCUUUCAUACUUUAUCUCAGCAAAAAAAUGGAGAAAAGGCGGCAAAACAAGGUUCCAUUUGCGCUUCUCCUUUACUCCUCAAUGGCCUAUGGUGGUCUCUUGUGGAACACUCGCACACUGAGCAAUGUCUGGGAGUCCGCCGCAGUAUGCAUAUUCUGCUACCUUUCUUUUCAAACCACUCUCACCGCCUUCAUCAUUCAAGCGGCGAUCUCGGCCUGGGCUGUCUUUCUGCGUCCCACAUUCCCCAUCUUCAUACUUCCCUUUGCCGGACUGCAACUGGUCAGCAUGCUUCGCUCCCCCCGCCGCCUCUUUAACGUCAUCUUUUUUAUCCCCCUUGGACUGUUUACCGCUUACGCUGCUGCAACCCUACUAGCCUUUCUUGACACGAAGUAUUAUUCAAAAGAUAACUUAAUAACUCAUCCUGCCUUGAUAGUGACACCAAUUCGCUUCUUAAACUACAAUUCUGCAGAGAAGACGCUUGGUGAACAUGGUUUGCACCCAUGGUACCACUACAUUCUCAUCCAUUGGCCUCUUAUGUUGACUCCCCCACUUGCAUUAAUCGCGUUGCUUCCUCCAUCUCGAAGGGGCUUUAACGAAUCUCUCAGAUUUGCUGUGUGGUUUGCUACGAUUCUCCCGACACUAGCUCUCUCGCUGAUUGGUCACAAGGAGACCCGGUUCCUCUUCCCAAGCCUCCCAUUUGCCGUCACUUUGGCUGCAUUCCGUGUAAGGAGGCUCAAAUUACUGCUGGUGUUUUGGGUCGCCUAUCAAGCUAUUAUGGUGGCCUUCUGGGGGUUCGCGCACCAGGCUGGCCUGCUUAGCUUCGUGCGUUCCAUUCCACCUAUGGACGCGAAUGAGGUAUCAUUGAAUAUCUUCUACAGGACCUACAUGCCACCGCGGUUCGCUUUUGGUGAGCCCGCCUCACCCCACCUAACCGCGCCCUUGGAGUGUCGCAAACUCGCGCCUUUUGAUGAAAUGGGAUGUACCAGGGUAAUUGACUUCGCCGGUCGACCGGAGUCAGAGGUGAUCGCGUUUUUGGACUGCUUGAAGAUCUAUACGCCGGUCAGUAUGGUCGUGAGACUUAUAGUCCCUGGGACAGUGUUACCCCCGCAAAAGUCACUCAGUGAAUACGGCAAAAUCCUUCGAGUAGGCAAAUACUUCCCACAUUUGUCCGUAGAAAAUCUACCCUCCCUUAACAUUUCCAGCUGUCCGACUAACGUGAAUUUGUUGGACUGCCUUUUUAUGUAUUGGGAACAACUUAAAGCACAGCUGUCCCUCUAUUCCUACGAAAUCGCAUUAUCUUGA